AUGGAGCAGCGGACCAGCCUUUAUCUUCCUGUUUCUGCCCGUUCUCUGCGGCGGCCGCCUGCGUCCUGCUGUCAGGUGUGUUUUGUCCCGCAGCAGGCCGGUGGAUCCCCGUCCAGAGGAAAACAACGACAUAGUCGGAGGCCUCGGGGGUGGGAAGCCACAGGAAGCGCAUCAGAGACGGGAGCACAUCUUAGUCCAUCCCUCUGGGAUCUGAGUGGUGGAGGCCAGGGCCAGGGGAAUGUGGAGGGAGAGGUCUUUACCGGCCAUGCUUACCGGAGCGCCGUCAUCAUAGUCUGAGAGCAUUUUAACCACACAGGGUGGCAGCUUUAUUACAGGAUCUCUGCCAGGAAGCAGGAUACUCUGCACACCUUCUGUCCCCUGCUGGUGAGACAGCCCGAUCGCUUGUGUCCCGUCCACUCCAACCAUGAGUUCCCCGACAAAUUCAUUUCUACUGUGUCCCGUCUCUCUCUCUUUGUGGAUCCAGUCCAUGGCUGGCCCUGUGUUUAAUCAGUAACCCCUCGGCGCCAAGCUGGAGCCGAGGACUCAGACUCCCCACACCCGUUCCUGCUCCUCUGCCCCGGCCCCCGACCAGUCCCCCGAGCACAGAGACUCCCCUGGGCCCCUCCACCCGGAGGUCCAGUUGGCCAGUAAGGAGGAAGAGGAGGAGUAUGUCAGUGAGGAGGGUCCGUUGCCCGAUACUCAGAGGUUCACGGCCUCCUGCAGAGAUGCUGAAACCAUUACUGGUAAUGUGGGCUGCUCCACCCAUUU